AUGCGAUCAGCAGUCUUGCCACUGAUUUCGCUGCUGCUGUUUUUGUCCAGAUCGUCCUGCCUGGGUGAGAUCUCGUUGUCAAUUAAGUAAUUUGCUUUAUUCUGUGAGCUCAGUACAUUACUAACCGCUGCUAUUGAUGAUUCUCGUGCGUUUUCUGUUAGUGACUUCUGUUUGGUGGGGAAACACGCGGUAACCAGCUGGGUAUGGUCCAGGGAUUCCCCAUUGGCUGCGAAAUUGCAUGUUCAGUCUCGUUAUCUUCGGUAGGAUGUAGCCUUUCAGCCAACUGUGGGCUCAACUGCAGAAAAUCAGCCGGCUUAGAUUGUCGGCAGUGUGGUAUUCCUCUAAUCGCUACUCGACGUUGUUUGCGAUAUGAAGCAAAGAAUCUAAUAAAAGACUUGGGUCUGCGCUCGAGCAGAAAUGUUACCUCAGUAUGUAAGAUUAAUUUUACCAAGACAGCCUGUGGCCUUUUCGGCAAACAUGUUGCUUGCCAUCCUCGUGCGCCUUUCAGGGGGAUUGCAACGCGCGUUUGAUCUGUUGUGUUCAUUCAACCUUUUCCACCGGAAGAAGUUUGCAUUUAAAUAUGGUUGUUCAAUAAUUGUUGAAGGAAGACCAUUGCUUUUUCAUAUCACCCGGCUAUUUAAACUUCUUACCGCAUGAGGCAUGAAGGUAAAUUUAUUUUGUCCUUCCCAUGUGUGUUAACGUCUGCAUUCCUUAUCCAGUUUGACCUUGUAAGUUUGACAAGCCACCUUCACUGAGCAUAAAUCAUAGACAUUUUCAAACAGCUGAGAGGCGUUUUUAAUGUUUGCACUAUUUUGUUAUGCGCCAUCAUCAAUUACUGAAACAAACAAAUCCCAUUCUAGUUUGGUACCUGACUCUAGUCACAGAAAUCAGCCCUAUGAAAAUUUCCCACAACCACUAGAAUAACCAGCUUAUUAUGCGGACUUCCGUUUCUGCAUGGCUAUACGUCAGUGUUGUAGAGGGGCGAUCACUGGUCGGGAUACGAGGCGUUCUUGUUCCGUUUGAUCUUGGAGCCCAAUAGGCAGUCACAUGACGAUUCGUGGCAUGUGUAGGCAAAGGGAAGGGGAUUACGGACAAAAGGCAAGAAGAUGGGGAUGGCCAGUUGUGGCUUUUUAGGCGUCGUCCGUCAGCCAUACAGACUUGGGUUCCGAACCCGUGUUCGCGGAUUAAUAAACGUUAAGGGAUCGGAUUAUCUACCAGUUACCCGUAGGUCGGGUGAACUGUCAGUUGCGGUCGGGAAUUUUUGCCCGGGUGAUGGGUUUCUUAUGUCACAACUUACGAGCCUGUCUGGCAUCCUAAUUAUUAAGUAGGUAUUUCUGGAUUUUGUAACCUCACAGUUAGUUUUAAUGAGACUUACACCCCAAGAUCACAAUGCUUAGAAUUCUAAAAAGGUUGCAGGCCCAAAGCCCAUCUGCAAGUCAUGGCCAUUUAUUUUGGUUCCGUUAGGCUUUUGAGCAAAAGCCUCCUGUCCGACCCUGCAUAACUGAAUCUGUCGUCCGACCCAGCUCUCAACUAUCUUGCUGUUUUGUGAUUGCACGCACCACAUGCCGCAUGAUCAACUUCGACUAAACGCAUGCCACGACAGUCCAUGUAGGCAUUUCCGAAAGGUUGUCAUUUGAAUACAUCCAGUUGUUCGCAUAUCGGCCCUGUGCCUCGCCGAUCAACCUACAGACUGGGUAGUUGGAAAUUCGACAGGCUAGCCUUGGAUUUACCUCGCUGUCUGAUAGUCUGAUGGUCCACAAAGUCAACCAGUGUGUCAUCUAAUCAAUUAGGAGAUUCACAGGCAUUACCGCAUCUUUUGACAGUAAACCUAACUUACUUAUGAUUAGGGUGUAUAAACUUGAAAUACGGCCAAAGCAUGUUUGUAAUACCAAAUAAGUAAAUGGUGGCUUGUAAGGAAGUUAUGUCACCACAUAUCUACAGGGGCUACUGCUACUGAUAGGAUGCUGGAGCAUUGUUGAAAGGAUCGGGGACACGGUAGGAAAUGUGUAAUGUUGAUGCAUACAUGAAUUCAUAACACUGCUGUCUUACUGCUAGUAUAAAACGCUUUUAAAUAUUCCAGAUAUAUGAGCUAUUGGAUAGUAUAGAGUAUGGCCAUCAACUGACUGCCCAUGUACUCCAAACCAUUACUCCUUUUUUCCCAAACUAGUAUGGCAUCUGGUUCAGUGCACUUUUACUAAAUAUACCUACAGAUGCAGACACACCUGCUUCGGCUCGCGUGACGCGCGUGACAGAAACCUCCCUCUCCUUUGAAUGGACUGAACCACCCUCCGAGGGACUGCAAAACGUCUUGUUGAAGGCGACUACCGUUACCGGCACUGGAACCUCCGUGGAGAGCCGCGUUUCCGCAGACCUCAGACAGGGUCAGGUGCAGAAUCUUGAACCCUACACAUACUACAGCACGUCCGUAACCUACGUCUACGAAGACAGUAACAAGAACAAAAUCAUCGACACAGGCCACGUGCGAACCUGGCCAGCUGGUAAUCUCUUUCAUACAACAUAACUGCAAUAUUUUUUACCAGUUUCAACUUGUGAAGGCAUCAGUCAUGCAUAAGUGAGUCCUAGCAAAGUCCCGCACAUCCCAUAAAAAAUGCGUCAAGAGAUGCAAAGUACUCAUUGAUGGUUACUGUGGUGAGUGCAGUGGAUUCUCAUCAAGGCCUUCUGCCAGUGAAUCGGCACACACACACACAGUCCUAAAAGGUUAGGUACAGUUAUCGUAAAGUCUCCCAACCAGUAGUCUACGCUGAUAUAGUUGGGUUUGCCACCUGGCUUACGUAGAUAAUGUGAUAAAGGACUACCAGGAUGCCUUUUUUUCUCAACCUCUACAGCUCCCUCUCCGCCGACUAUCACAACAGUUGUCAGCACGGGGCCCAGGUCGAUCAAGGUGUCCUGGACGCCACCGCAGAAGACCAAUGGAAUUCUGGAGGAGUAUUUGGCAGCUUGCUACCAACUGGGGGAUCAUAUUCCGGGGUCCAGUCGGCGAGUGAAUGCCCAAACGCUCACUGCCGAGAUGUCAUACCUAAUACCAAAUCACCCCUACGAGUGUGCAGUGAUCGCCUCUACGAAAGAAUUCAGAUGGGGUCAAGGCGGUGGAAAGACGUCCUCCGCAAGAUCCUCCGUCGUGCGAACUUGGCCGGGCAGUGAGUUCUUUCCUACAGCUCACGUUUCGUUUUGUUCACUCAUACAGAACGUGGUAUGGCUUAUGCAAGAAUUUGAUAUUAGCUUAUUUGAUCUCAUAUUCCCAGAAGGGAGUCGUUUAGAUAAGAAUCAUCGCCCAUUUCUCCUAGCUUCCAGGUUUGCGACAAGUUUGUUUUCUUGAAAAGCGGAAUUUGUCUACAUUGCAUAGUAUCGGUUCUGAUUCCUGCAUUGUGGAGUUGCCGCUGCACCGUUCGGGUGUCUAUUGCAUUAAUGAAGACCGUCAUCGCCUACGCACGAAGACCGCAUAGUAGGUGAUUAUUCUAUUAAAACAUGUGUGGACCAUCAUACGUGGGCUUUCUCGUGGAAACAGAUGCUGCAACGACGUUGCAGUUAUAGUCGCGACCGCUUUUUGACCUUCGUUCGAUCAGAUUUCAGAAUCUAGUGUGGUUGACACUCAAGUUUGACGAUGUUCUGCACAAAAAUGGACAUUGUAGUUUUAGCAAAUUCUCUGAGUAUGCUACUUACUGAACGUACGCUUUGCACCAUCGUCUUCGUUCCGGAGACCAACAAGAUGGGGAAUCAUCCACUUGGGCUUCUUCCUCAAUAAGUACUCACACAUCUGCUUGUUUCGCAUUAAUCUAGCUGCCUUCUAGUUUUGAACUAAUUAAUUCAAUUCUACUUACAACUCUGCUGCUAGAAGAAAUGUGUGCAUCAACCCAUCAUGUCAGAAGGUAGGGUAUUCUGGCUUGUAGCUGUUCGGUCAUCUGGUUUGCAACUACGUACAAAGGUAUUCGUGUUUUCUAGUUAUCAUCUGCACUUCUAGAUUGGUUUCUCAUCCGGCACUGUUCCAGGGCACGCAGCAUUUGACCAAUUAGCCUGCCGGACGCAGAUUGCCUGCGCCUGAUUUCGACCUCAUUUCUUGGGCCGUUUUGUACUUAUAUUAACUUCAGAGAAGUGUUCACUUCAAAACACCUGAAAGCACAGUCGCAUGGAAGCAGUCGUGUUGUUCUAAGACAUUAUUUGAAAUAUCCAUAUCUAGACAAAAUCAGUCGAUGGGGGAACAUGAGGAUUAGAAGGAAGGAGAAAGGAAAACUUUACAUUCUUUCGCAUUUAGAGCGCCUUGCGUUCGAAACAUGCUCCUCCUUUCAUGCGCCAUGAAGGACAACAUUUUUUCCUAUCCCAGCUACUGAACAGCCAAUCUACAAGUAUGCUACUGCUCGUGGUCCUCGGUCGGUGUAUAUCGAGUGGUGGAAGCCAAACACCAUAGACGGAGUUCUUGGUCACUACAGUGUCACCAUGGCUCCUAAAGACGACCCGGCUUCAGCAAAAGACAUCAAAACCAACAGUGACACUCCCAGACUAUUGGUUACCCAACUGCAACCAAAUACCAAGUACAAGUUCACGAUACGAGCCUUUGUUCUACCUAAUGAAGAAGGUAAUGGAGGUGGAUACAGUAUUCCAUCGGCGACCGGAUAUGUGACAACAUUGGCCGAUGGUAUGUGCUACCUGAAAUGAUGGAAAGGUCUGUUUCCUCUACUUAAAAGCCUAACGACAAUGCGUGUCCGCUUUCUCAAUGUAGGUCCCAGUGCGCCAGAGGCCGGUUUUGACGCCUCUGUCGGGAAAUGCGAGUGGGAAUCACGCGCCGGUUGCAAUGACGCCGAUUCAGGGACGCUGACGUAAGAAUGAAUGACUCUUUAUUGAAUAUCCAUUUCCUUAAGAAUGAGCAGAAUUUUUAUUGCAUCAAAACACAUCUCCAGUGUUCAAUAAUCUGUGGUGACCACGUGCAAGUGAGAAUGCUGCAUCCACAUUGAACAUUAAAAUGUAAACAGUCGAGAGGAUUUCAGAAAUCUUCAAUAACGAAAAGGGAUUAGUUUUCAAUGAGGGACGAUGCGCAGCGUGAUUGUGGCCGUCAGUAUUCCCGGUGUGACGAUUUCAAUGUCGUGGCUGGACAUCCGGGUCUUCCGCAGAUUACUUGCGAGACGAUCUCCUUCCUCGUUCACACUAUCACAUUUUAGAAUUCCGAUCUGCACUGAUUUUCCCCUUUCAUACUCCGAAUUUUGUCCUAACAAGUUCCGCUACCACUACAAACAAAUAAAGAUUAGUGCGCAGUCAGGUGUUUCAGCCUGAAAAUCUGUUUGUUUUGCAAAACCCAAUGCCAUUUUGAAAUGCAAGAGGCAUGUUGAGCGGAGGAAAUGAAAUGAGGAUGCGUGAGUUCAUUUACUGUAGUUUUGAUAAAUAACUUCCCACUUUUUUUGCUCAGACGCUGA